AUGAGGUCUCAACGCCGGCUGAGACUCUAUGUGGUUGUCGUCGUGGUUUUUCUAGUAGCCUUCACUUACUUCACGACCGAUACUGGCGGCGGAAUACAGAGCCACCGCUUUUAUAAGAAAACAGUCACAGCCAUCGACAAUGCGCACACCGCAACCACCAAGAAGAACAAUGAAGCCAAGGAAGCCAAGGAUCGAUCGCAUAUACAACGACUCGAUCUUGAGAAUAAUAAUAACAACAAUAAUGGUGGCACGCGGAAAACGACCAACUCUCCGCCGAGUAGCUACAAUGAAAAUCAGGAGAAACCGAUUGGUGCAAGUCACGGCAAGAUUGAAGAUUCGGAGGAAAUCUCUGUCGCUGGAAGAACGAAAAUGUCCGUUCCAAAGUCAAAGGAGGAUCAAAGUCAAUUGUCUGAGAAAAAGCCCGAGGUCGUUGACAAACCAGCUGGGUCUAAAAGCGACAUCGCAACCGCACAUGAGCAUGAAAUUUCAAAGGAGGAAGAAGAGGAAGCGGAGGCAAGCGCUGAACUUGACUCGAUCUUGAAGCGGUCUCCAAUAAUCGUAUUCUCCAAAUCCUACUGCCCUUUCAGCAAAAAGGCCAAGUCAAUCUUGAGCCAAUACAACAUCGUGCCAGCCCCCUACAUUGUCGAACUCGACAAACACGUGCUCGGCCCUCAUCUCCAAAAGCUUCUGGGUAAAAUUACAGGUCGUCGUACUGUGCCCAACGUUCUGGUGAAUGGAGUCAGUAUCGGUGGAGGUGAUGAUGUCGAAGCUCUCGACCGAGACGACGAACUCAUCUCUAAAAUCAAGUCAAUUGCAGGCAAGAGUAUUAUGGAGAUUGAGCGCUUGCCAGUGGCGGAAGAGCAUGAGAACGAACAUGAAAUUUGA